CAAACGUGUCCAUCGGAAGAGGGUUUUCUGUACUUUGCAGAAGCCACAGCAGAUUUAUUCCGAUAGAGAAUCACCAAAUAUAGCCUGUAACAAGGAACCAUGGGAAAGCAGAACAGCAAGCUGACUCCCGAGGUGAUGGAGGAUCUGGUGAAGAGCACAGAGUUUAAUGAACAUGAGCUGAAGCAGUGGUACAAAGGCUUCCUGAAAGACUGCCCCACUGGCAGGCUGAAUCUGGAGGAGUUCCAGCAGCUUUAUGUCAAGUUCUUUCCUUAUGGCGAUGCAUCAAAAUUUGCACAACAUGCCUUCAGGACCUUUGACAAAAACGGAGACGGGACCAUUGAUUUCCGAGAGUUCAUCUGCGCUCUGUCCAUCACAUCCCGUGGCAGCUUUGAGCAGAAACUCAACUGGGCCUUCAACAUGUACGACCUGGACGGUGAUGGCAAAAUCACCAGAGUGGAGAUGCUGGAGAUAAUCGAGGCUAUCUACAAAAUGGUGGGCACUGUGAUCAUGAUGAAGAUGAAUGAGGAUGGUUUGACACCAGAGCAGCGGGUGGACAAGAUCUUCAGCAAAAUGGAUAAGAACAACGACGACCAGAUCUCGUUGGAGGAGUUCAAAGAGGCGGCGAAGAGCGACCCGUCCAUCGUGCUCCUGUUGCAGUGUGACAUGCAGAAGUGA